AUGAAUAUUGAUAAAACAUGGUGGAAAGAAGGUGUUGUUUAUCAAAUUUAUUGUAGAAGUUUUAAAGAUACCACUGGUGAUGGAUAUGGUGAUAUUAAAGGAAUUAUAGAGAAAAUACCAUAUCUUAAAGAAUUAGGAAUAACUAUUGUUUGGUUAAAUCCAAUUUAUAGUACAAGUGAUGCAGAUAAUGGAUAUGAUAUUAUGGAUUAUCAGGAAAUUAAUCCAAAAUUUGGAACAAUGAAAGAUUUUGAUGAAUUACUUUUUAAAAUGCAUGAAGCAGGAAUUAAAGUUGUUAUGGACCUUGUUGUUAAUCAUUCAAGUAAUCAACAUCAAUGGUUUAUUGAAUCAAAAAAAGGAAAUAAUGAGAAAAAAGAUUGGUAUAUUUGGUCAAAAAAACCAAAUAAUUGGAGAAGUUUCUUUAGUGGAAGUGCAUGGAAAUAUGAUGAAGAACGUAAAGAAUAUUAUCUUCAUUUGUUUCUUGAAGAACAACCUGAUUUAAAUUGGGAAAAUAUUGAAGUAAGACAAUCUAUUUAUAAAAUGAUGAAAUGGUGGUUUGAUAAAGGAAUUGAUGGAUUUAGAAUGGAUGUAAUUAAUUUAAUAUCUAAAGUAAAAGGAUUUCCUAAUGAUUCACCUGUUGGAUUAGAUGGAUUAGCAAGUGGAUUUCGUUAUUUUGCUAAUGGACCAAAAGUUCAUGAAUUUUUAAAUGAAAUGAAUAAAGAAGUAUUAAGUCAUUAUGAUUGUUUAACAGUUGGUGAAACACCUGGUGUUACACCAGAACAAGCUCAACAAUAUGUAGGAAAAGAACGUCAUGAACUUGAAAUGUUAUUUCAAUUUGAACAUGUUAGUAUAGGAUAUAAAAAUGGUGAUAAAUGGAUAAGUGUUCCAUGGAAAUUAACUGAAUUAAAAAAGAAUAUUGAAAAAUGGCAAGUUACACUUCAUAAUUGUGGAUGGAAUUCAUUAUAUUUUAAUAACCAUGAUCAACCAAGACAAGUAAGUAGAUGGGGAAAUGAUACAAAAUAUAGAAUUGAAAGUGCUAAAAUGAUUGCAACAUUACUUCAUACAUUAGAAGGAACUCCUUAUAUUUAUCAAGGAGAAGAAUUAGGAAUGACCAAUGUUUAUUUUGAUAAAUUAGAUGAUUAUCAAGAUUGUGAAAUCUUUGGAAAAUGGAAGGAAUUAACUCAAACUCAUGAAAUGACUUUAGACCAAUUCUUAAAAAGAGUUUCUGAAGUUGGAAGAGAUAAUGCUAGAACUCCAAUGCAAUGGGAUGACUCUGAAAAUGCUGGAUUUACUUCAGGAAAUCCUUGGCUUAAAAUAAAUCCAAAUUAUAAAACAAUUAAUGCUAAAGAAGCAAUGCAAAAUCCCAACAGUGUUUUUAAUUAUUAUAAACAAUUAUUAAAACUUAGAAAAGAAAAUCCUAUUAUGCCUUAUGGUGAAGUUCAAAUGAUUUUAAAAGAUGAUGAACAUAUCUUUGCCUAUAUUAAAACAUUAAACCAAUUAAAAUGGAUUGUUAUUCUUAAUUUCUUUGAAACUCCAAUAGAAUUUAUACUUCCUAUUGAUAUUCAAAUUCAAAAUAAACAUUUAAUAAUUUCUAAUUAUCAAGUUGAUAAUCAAGAACCAAUUAAUCAAUUUUUAUUAAAACCUUAUGAAGCAAGAGUUUAUCAAUUUAAUUAA